AUGGAGGUGGCCGAGAGCAGAGAACAGGCCCCCGUUGGUCCCACAACAGGAGCACAGCCCACAUUCCCCAAUGGCGAGCGGAACCCAUUUCUUGAUGACCCGCUUAUGGAUGAUGAUGGACGGUCAAGUAGUUUGAGUGAGAUCGACGACGUUUCGGACAACGAGCCGUCCGACUUCGAAGAUCCUAUUAAAUCAGACAAGCCAAUGGAGAACGAUUCGGAGGCUGAAACCGAGCGCAUUGAGGAUUCUCCACAUAACAUCCGGAAACAUGACAUUGUGUUGAGUGCCGCUAGUGCCGGGCCAAGUCCUAGCAAGCUUCAUCAAUCUACAACACUCGAUGAUGUCGACGAUGAAGCACUUGUGGCGGACGAUUCUCCCAGCAAACCGCGACGGUCUUCAAAAAACAACGGUUUGACCGAGGAUAUUCCAGACCUCGGCGACUUAGGCGAUUUCGAUCUUCCAGAUGGUCCUAAAAGGAAACGAACACACGAAACAGUCGCCGAGCUGGGCGACGAAGAGCCCUCAAAGAAGCCUCGGAGCUCAACUAAGAGUGACCUGAGUGACCCGAUUGAUGAUGAUACCCCCCUCUCACCUGAGCCGCUCGGUAAUCCCAUGGAUCUCAAUGACGAUGGCAUACUGGUUGGCGAAGUUCCCGAGUCUGAUUUCCCAGUCCCGCCUUCCAAAGGCAAAAAGGGCAAGAAGGGUAAGCGGAAAGGAAGAAGGACCCAUGACGCCGAUAUGGAGGCGGAAGCUGGGGUUGAUGCCAUAAUAGACCAUGUUGCUGAUGAGAUUAUUGGAGAAGACGAGGAGCCUGCGGAACGAGGAGAUGAACCCGACGGUGCUGAAGCGGUACUUCGAACCGAAGAGUCCGUCAAAAGGCUGUCUGCUAUGGAUUCACUAGCGACACUGGAAAAAGAAUUUGCAACGUUACGUGACAAGAUUUAUGAUGAACGGAUAUCCAAACUCAACCGCGAGUUGGAGAUGCUUACAGGUCCGAACCCGACGCACCCCGAGUACUUGCGACAGAUUGAAUGUGUGCAACGUUACCGGGACGCCAAGAUCAAAUACGAACAAAACUUGUAUCGAUACCGCAUGAAGUCACUCAUGCACAAGGGUCUGGCCGAGCGAACGCAGGCCCAUAGCACAUACUACCAGAGGAUUCGGGAUGCACGCGAGCGACAUUCAAGUGCAGUCAGCAAGCAGUUCUAUGCCAUUCAGCAUGAUCGCUUCAAAACAGACGAGCUUAGCCCGCACCAUAUCAUCGCAUUCCCCACCCGUCGCUCGCAGCAAAUCGCACAUCAGACCGCAUACAACCAAGAGGUUUCAAUUAUGGCCGGUGUGGCCAAGUAUGUUGGCUUCCCGGCGGCCCCGUCUUUGAUGGGUGCACGGCCCACCGAGCUUGAUGAUGAUCUUGAAAAGAUGGGGGCAACUGCUGAGGAAGCAUUCCUAGAACAAACACCCUGGGCAAACCCACAACAUCCCAUCCAUCAGCAGCAACAACUGCAACAUUACUCGCAGCCACCUCGACCACAAGGCCGUACAUUUGAACAUUCGCAACCAUCAUCAUAUGCAACGCCAGCCGCUCAAAAGCGGGUGGUAGACAUUAACGCACCCAAUGGAUCUGCUUCCACCAUUCCCGAGAAUGCCUCUGCUGCCAACUCCUCUGCCAACAACACCCCCUACGGCAUGGAGCACGAUCCAAGGCAUCCAACGCAAGGGCCCUUUCAGAACCCAGAUUAUGAUGCCGAUCAUCGCAAAUCUGGGUUCCGAUCACUAAGUUCAUCUCCCCUGGACGUGCGGAAGUCACAGCCGCAUCUAACCCAUGCCCUCGAACACCGCUCUCCUAUUCCCGACGCCCCAUCCCACGAUCACAUCUUCUCUCCGCCUUCUGCACGCCAAGGCUUGUUUCAGCCUUCAACCGCUCUCCCACGGGAGACCUCGCCAUCCCUCCCGUCUAAACCUGUUGAUGUGGUACGUUACCGCGCUCAGCAGUCAGGAAUUUCCACGGGGUCUGGUCCAAAUCCCAUGCCUAAUCGAUGA